AAAGAACACAUGAGUCCCAAACAUGUAAAAGGAGUAAGUUUGUUGCACAAAACAACCAACUCAAUUCUUCAUGUACCACAGGUCCACAACAAUUGCAAAACCGUGUAUAAUACAUUAUUAGUAUUAAUAUUAAUGUGUGUAAGAGACAAAGAAAAUGCUAACAUUGACCCCCCUAUAUAGUGUGAAAUGUUUUUAGCUGUACAAAGCUAGUCACUUGGUCAAUAAGUGUUUAGUGAGAAUUUUUUUGAUGCUAGUAGCUACCAAAAACAGAUGUUAUCAACUGCCAAGACACUGACGGAUGUUCAGAUAGAUCAGGAUAUUAAUUGGUUAUGUUCUGCUCUUCAAACUCAGACUUAACAAGUUCAGUCAUUUUACUGUCUCAAUCAUGUUUGAAGCAUUGCAUUAGAUUCAAAGAGGCAUGUUUUUUUCUUGAGAGCAUGUUAACCGAAAUAUAAUGCUGAUAACCUAACCGGAAUCUCAUACCAAUAAUCUGAUUUGACAAAAGGCAUUGGUGCCUCCGCCUCGAAACAAACAGAGAUCGAGAAUUUCUCCGACCAUCAGAGCUGCAACAACGACACAAAUCAGAGUGUCUUAAGUAAUCAAAGUUCAGUUCCAUUAAAACUAAUUAACAAAAACCCUAGAACUUCAACGGUUUCAGAAACGUGUAGUGACUCUUUUUCUCGUAGAUUUGCAUCCAAAACGUCAGGUCUGAUUCAGAAAGUGAAGCAAUCGAAACCCAGAAGAACCGAUGAAGAUGCAAACGAUUUAGAAAAAAAAAAGAACAAAAAAAAUUUGGACCAUUUCUCGAUUUAUGCGUGUCAUCCUUGCGCAGGGGCCAUGCUAAUCUUCUCUGUAUCGUUCCAAUUUUAUCGGAUGUCCCCGAAGGGACAAUCAUCUUCGUGACUCUACCGCAAUAUAAACAGAGCUUCUUCUCGCCACUUGACCGAUGUGGGACUGUUUACGUUCCUCGUAGAGCAGCUUUAAUGGGCCUUAUUUGUAGUAAGCCCACUAACGUUAUGAACCAUAUAAAAAACACUAAAGAAGCUCAAUUUCAAAUCGUGGAGCCAAGAACAUGACCGUCGUCUUCCUUCGAAUCCAGAUUCAAAAAAUUUCCAUCGGAACUCUGAGGUUACUCCCACGAAACCCAGAUCUCUUCUCCGCUAUAAAGCCUUGUCCUUUAUCAUCUUUCUACUCCACACUCUCUUUGCGAAUCGAAGAACAGACGAAGAGAUACGAGCACCACAAUGUCGCUACCUGCAUCGCCGCAUUGCAACGCUGCGCGCAGCGCAACGACGCCGUUUCCGGCGGGGAGCUUCACGGCUUCAUGGUCAGAAAAGGGCUUCUCGACGACUCACCUCGCGCCGUCACCAGCCUCGUCAACAUGUACGCCAAGUGCGGCCUCAUGCGGCGCGCGAUCACCGUCUCCGGUGGAUCCGAUCGCGAUGUGUUCGCUUAUAACGCGAUUAUCUCUGGGUUUGUUGUGAAUGGGUUUCCUUACGAUGCUGUUGAGAUGUACAGAGAGAUGAGAGCUAAUGGAAUUUUACCCGAUAAGUAUACGUUUCCUAGUUUGCUUAAAGGAAGUGAUGCCAUGGAGGUUUCUGAUGUUAAGAAGGUUCACGGAUUAGCUUUUAAACUUGGGUUUGAUUCGGAUCGCUAUGUAGGGAGUGCGUUAGUGAGUUCUUAUUUGAAGUUUAGAUUGAUGGAGGAUGCGCAGAAGGUGUUCGACGAAUUGCCUGAGAGAGAUGACAGUGUGCUUUGGAACGCUUUGGUUAUUGGUUAUUCUCAGAUAUAUAAGUUUGAGGAUGCUUUGAGAGUUUUUAGUCAAAUGCGUGAAGAAGGUGUUGCCUUGAGUAGGCAUACCAUCACCGGCGUCUUGUCAGCGUUCACCGUGUUAGUGGAUGUUGAUAACGGUAGAUCGAUCCACGGCCUCGCAGUGAAAACGGGGUUUGAUUCUGGAACCGUUGUGUCGAAUGCGUUGAUUGAUAUGUAUGGAAAGAGUAGGUGGCUACAGGAAGCAGUCAAGAUCUUUGAAGCGAUGGAUAACGAGAGAGACAUCUUUACGUGGAACUCGGUGUUGUGUGUUCAUGACUACUGUGGUGAUCAUGAUGGAGCUUUAGCUCUGUUCAACAGGAUGCUUUGUUCCGGAAUCCGACCAGAUCUCGUUACACUGACGACAGUUCUCCCCACUUGCGGUCGUUUAGCUGCGUUGAACCAGGGAAGAGAGAUUCAUGGCUACAUGAUCGUCAACGGACUCUUAAACCGAAACUCCAAUGAUGAAUUCAUCAACAACUCAUUGGUGGACAUGUACGCGAAAUGCGGGGACUUGAGAGAUGCGCAGACGGUUUUCGACUCGAUGAGGAAUAAAGACUCAGCUUCUUGGAACAUUAUGAUUAACGGUUACGGUGUCCAGAGCUGCGGUGAGUUAGCUUUGGAUAUAUUCUCGCGCAUGUGCGAAGCAGGUGUCAGACCUGAUGAAAUCACAUUCGUUGCGUUGCUACAAGCAUGUAACCACUCAGGCUUUGUUAGCGACGGGAGAAGGUUCCUGGCGGAGAUGGAGACAGUGUACAACAUUGUCCCAACAAGUGAUCACUACACUUGUGUGAUAGACAUGCUUGGCCGUGCAGGGAAGCUAGAGGAAGCAUAUAAGUUAGCAGUAACAAUGCCUGUGGGGGAUAAUCCUGUUGUCUGGAGGUCAAUAUUAGCAUCUUGUCGUCUCCACGGGAACAACAUAGGCCUGGCGGAAUUGGCUGUAAAGCGGUUAUAUGAGCUAGAGCCAGAGCAUAGCGGCGGUUAUAUAUUAAUGUCUAAUCUUUAUAUGGAAGCCGGUGGAUACGAACGAGUUUUUGCCCUUAGAGACGCAAUGAAAGAACAGAAUAUGAAGAAGACAGCAGCUAGUAGCUGGAUUGAGGUCAAGCAUGAGCUUCACACGUUCUUUAACAGCGAUAAGACUCACCCGGAAUAUGAAUCUAUCGAGGCUUGUUUAAGUCCGUUGACUUCUCAUAUAUAUGGUGGUCAUCAGUAUACGCUGCUUGACGAUUAUGUCUAAUUUUGGUUAGUCAUAACCUUAAAAGAGUAUUAUAAUAUACUAAUAAUGUUGUGUGACAGACAAUUGUUUCCGGAUUAGAAUAUCUACGAACCAACAACAAUUGUUUGGCCA